AUGCCAAAUAUUAAUAUACAGACAAUAUUCACAUUUUCGUAUUUGGUAGCAGUUAUAAGUUUACCGAUCCUUUCCUUUUUGCCAAUAGGAAGUGCUGGCGAGACUGCAUUUCCCAACAUUGGCUACCUUGGCCGUGGCUACGACAUUUUCAAAGGAAAUCCCGAUGCAACUCUUGUAAACGCCGAUCCAGGAUUUCGUAGCGCGAUUUAUAGUGUUGAUGAAUAUGGCUCGGAGCGAAUACCCGAUCUGCGUUCCAUGAUCCCUAACGGGGUAGAGUGUUUUGCGGCUGAAGUUUGUGACGUUAACUUUCAAAGUAGGACUAUUGAAAAUACAAAGACCUAUUACGAUUUUCUUCUAGAAAAAGUAUCGCUUUCUGGUGAAGGAUCUUUUUCAGAUAUCGAUUUUAGUGGAUCAUUUAGUGGAAGCGAAGACUAUAAACGCAUAGAGGAGACGACAUGGAAGUCCAAAGAAAUUUUUACCAUUUCCAGUGCAAAAUGCAGUAAAUAUACUGCCAAAAUCCUUGCUUAUACUCCUCCGCCAUUGCAUGCUAAUUUUUAUGCAGGAAUGAUGUACUCGCUGCCUGUUACGUAUGAUGAGACAAAGUACAUGAAGUUUUUGAGUACUUUUGGAACACACGUUGUUGAAGGUUGGUGCUUAAGACUUUUAUUUACCCCCGAGCCACGCGCGGAGCGCGUAGGGGGAAUCCCGUGCCGAGGGUACCAAUUCCGCUCGGUAUUUACACCCGGGGAAAGGAAAGAAUUAGUGAAGUCUAAAGUUCAUCAAUAAUCGCGGGCGCAUGGCUAUGCAUGUGUGGUCAUCUCACUGAUAUCAAAGAUAUAGCUGUUUGCCAGGAGUAAAGAAAGCAAAGAUUAAAAAAAGCUUCAUCUUCUCACACAAUAAGUUGUAAAUCACCUUUUUCAAAUAUUAUUAUUAUUAUUAUUAAUUAACAUAUUUAGACAGGUUGACUUCUUCAGGCAGUGUACCGCCUGCUAUCAAUGAAGGACCUGUAUUUAUGCUAAAAUUAAUUAAGUAUUUAACUAAGAUUGUUUUCUUAUGA